AUGCGUAGAGACUAUUUGAAAUUGAAACUUAACGAUCCGGGCACUGGAUCUGUGACGGGUGGUCACGGCUCUGACUCCGAUGAUGAGAGCUCCGACAGAAGCAACAGACGCCCCAGGAGUUGCGCUGAAGACGUCAAAAUGAUCCCGGUCGCCAUCACAGCUCAGGUGGAUAUUAAGUGUUUCUAUCCGAGUACAUGG